GCGCUGUUUCUCCCCGCACAAGCGGCUUGCUUCUCGCCGGGAAUAAACCCCGGCGGAGACACGGCCGGGGCGGAGGGAGGUGGAGUUUGUCGUCACCGUCGGCGGGGCGGAGGAAGGCGAAGAAGAAAGGGGGAGAGUGAGCGAGAGAGAGAGAGAGAAAGAAGGCUUACCGGGGGCAGAACACGAAGGGAGGUCGCCGCUGGAUGAAUUUCCCUCGUCAACUUUCCACGCAGCAAACUGCCAAAGAGUUGGCGUCAACAAGAUGAUAACGCCGUACUUUAUAGAACAUUUCUGGGGCGAGAAGAACAAUGGCUUCGACGUGCUGUACCACAACAUGAAGCACGGACAGAUCUCCUCCAAGGAGCUGACGGACUUCAUCAGGGAAAGGAGUGUUAUUGAAGAGGCCUACGCCCGCUCCAUGACCAAACUUGCCAAGACAGCAGGGAACUUUUCGCAGCUCGGGACGUUCGCUCCGGUGUGGGAAGUUUUCAAGGGGUCCACGGAGAAACUGGCCGUCUGCCACAUGGAGCUGGUGAGGAAGCUGCAGGAGCUUAUAAAAGAGGUGCACAAAUACGUGGAGGAGCAGGCCAAAGCGCACAAAAAGACGAAAGAGGAGGUGGCGUCCACCUUGGAGGCCGUGCAGAACAUCCAGGCCACCUCUCAAGCCCUGCAGAAGUCCAAGGAGAACUACAACGCCAAAACUGUGGAGCAGGAACGCCUACGUAAGGAAGGAGCCACCCAGAGGGACGUGGACAAGGCGGGAAUCAAAGCCAAAAAAGCCACAGAGACCUACAAGUCCUACGUGGAGAAAUACGCCGUAGCCAAGUCUGAGUUUGAACAGAAGAUGGCGGAAACUGCACAGAGGUUCCAAGAUAUUGAAGAAAGCCACAUUCUCCACAUGAGGGAGAUCAGCCAGUCGUAUUCGCAAUCCGUCGACGAAACACACGUUCAACUAGGGGAGGUUCACACUGAAUUUGUGAGGAACAUCGAGAACACCUCUGUAGACGGCUUAAUACAGAAGCUGGCAGAAAGCAAAGGAACGGGCAAGGAGCGACCAGGACCCAUUGAGUUUGAGGAGUGCAACGCUGCUAUUGCUACCGAAGGUGCCAAACCCAGGAAGAGGAAGCCUUUCGGCAUCCCAGGACGGAGGAAAGACAAAGACACAGACUCCACGGAGUCCACAGAAGUCGAGAGCAACACUGCCAAUGGCGCUCCCCCCGGAUACUACGGGGCCAUAGACAUCCAGAAUGCCAAUGUUCCGCAGGUGGAUGAUGAAGGUUUCUGCAUCAGGCCAGAAGCAAUCGACAAUGAUGCCAAAGAGAACUCCUUCUACUCGUCCAGCGACUCGGAGGACGAGGACGAGCCCCGGAAGUUUCACGUGGAAAUUAAGCCCGUCCAGCCCAACAACGGCACACAUCAGAACCGAGCCACCAUCGACGAGCUCAAGGCGUCCAUCGGCAACAUCGUGCUAUCUCCUUCCACCUCGGGCCAAAUGCGGAGGAACCAAUCCAGGUUCACAGGAGUGUCCGCAUUAGGCUCCAAGGCUCAGGGUGCUGGUGAUGAGCUAGCCAAACCCAGAGUGCCACCUUCAUACGAAUUGUCCAACAACGACCUCCUGUCCCUUGAUCCGCUCGGUCCCUUCCUGGCAGCAAGCUCGGCCAACGCCGCGUCCACAACCGCAGACCUCGCCUGUAUUUUCCUCUCAUCUCCAUCUUUCCUCACACAAGACUUUGCAGCGGAAAUGUCAGAGGAGACGGCGCCGGCGCCCGAACGCUCGCCCCCUUUGGCCGAGCGCCAGCAAUCCAAAGACGUCUCCUCUUUUUCCUCGUCCACAUCCUCUCCUUGGGACUCCCCUGUAAACUCUUUCAAGGCGCUCCGCCCGGCGCCAGUCCGGGCCCACAGCGCCCCCAUCACGCUGCCGCCCGAGCCGGCGGACCCCUUCGAGAGCUCGCCGGGCGACCUUGAGGACGCCGCGUCCUCGCUGUCCUGGUCCCAGAGCCAGUGGAUCGCCUUCGGGGACAACAUGGCUUCCUCACGCCGACACGGCCCCGGUCCUCCUUUGAGGCUCCGGUCCGGCAGGUCGAGCCGCUUCCUGUCGGAUGACUCGGCCGACGCCUACUGCAAAACGGCGGAAGGUUUUUCUGACAGUUUCUCUGAGCUGAGCGACGGGGCGACGGCGGCCGCUCCGUCGAGCAAAAUAUUCCCUGUGCCCAACCGACCUACGACCCCUCUGACUGCCGGAACCCUGGUGCCGCCUCCCCGACCCUCCUCCAGGCCAAAGCUCCCCACUGGGAAACUUACCGGCAUCAAUGAGAUUGUCCGACCCUUCAGCCCGUCCAAGGGGUCCGGUACCAGCCCGCCCCCCGGCGCGCCCCUCGCUCGAGCAGAAAGCUCAUCCUCCUUGUCCUCGAACGCCUCGCUCAGUGCAGCAAACACGCCCACAGUCGGACCUCAGCACACUUUUAGUCUCCCCAUCUCUUCUCGAGAGACAGACCUUCUCUCAUUUCCUUCUUUCUUUUUCCUGAAGGAUGACAUGUUUGUCGCCAAGCUGCCCACCUUUGAGAGGCGAUGUGAAACACCAGCAGGCACGUCCCGCGGUCCCAGCCCUGUGACCCUGGCAUCCCAAGAUGCUUUGCCUAUUGCCGUGGCCUUCACCGAGUCGGUUAAUGCUUACUUCAAAGGCGCUGAUCCCACAAAGUGCAUCGUGAAGAUCACGGGGGACAUGACGCUGUCCUUCCCUGUGGGCAUCAUCAAGGUGUUCACCGGCAACCCCUCCCCCGCCGUGCUCACCUUCAAGUUGAAGAACACCAGCAGGCUGGAGCAGAUCCAUCCCAACCAGCAGCUCCUCUUCAGCGAUCUUUCCCAAAGUGACUCGGACUCGAAGGACUUCUGGUUCAACAUGCAAGCACUGACAUCCUACCUCAGGAAAGCCGCGGACCAGAACCCGGCGGCCUCCUACUACAAUGUGGAAAUUCUCAAGUACCAGGUGCAGUCUGACGGCAUCCACUCCACGCCGCUCAACCUGGCCGUGUACUGGAAGUGUUCCCCGAGCACCACGGACCUGCGGGUGGACUACCGCUACAACCCGGACUCCAUGGCGUCGCCGGGGCCGCUCAGCAACCUGCAGAUCUUGGUGCCGGUCGACGGCGGCGUCACCAGCAUGCAGUCCCUGCCCAGCGCCCUCUGGAACGGCGAGCAGAAUAAAUGUCUGUGGAAGCUCAGCGACAUUUCCGACAAGUCGGAAAACGAAGGCGCCGGCUCUCUGAGGGCCAAGUUUGAGGUGUCCAGCGGCCCGUCCAACCCGUCCACGCUGGCGGUGCAGUUCAUGAACGAGGGCAGCACGCUGUCGGGGGUGGGCAUGGAGCUGCAAGGGAGCGGCUACAGGCUGUCCCUCAGCAAGAAGAGAUUCGCCACAGGUCGAUACAUGGCAGAUUGCUGAAGCCACAUCAAAUCUUAUCCUGCUUUACGGCUUAAAAAAAAAAGAAAAAAAAAAAAAAUUUGCAAAGCCAAACCGGACCCGACCCCAAAUAACGCCGCACUGAGUACCGAACACUGUCGAAAGCGAUGGAGAAAGGUGAGCUUUGAGAGCCGCGUGUCGCCAUGACGACGCCUCAGUCUGUUUUUUUUGUGUGUCAACCAACACUUUAUCUCAGCGCAUAAAAAGAGGCGGGGUGAAAAAACUUACAUGCACUAACAAACUUCUUCUCACCUCUCUGGUGUAAAUAUGACCCGCUCCAAUCUUUACUGCCGGCGUUUAACGCUUCUUUUGGAUGGCGUGCGACAAAAGAGGACUCCUGGAUGGAAAAAGAAAAGGAAACAAACAAACAAAAAAAAAAGGACCCUCAGUGCCUCCCGCUCGCAUUUUCUCCUCAAUCAGGGCUCUUUUUUUUCCCUCAAGCCUUUUAAAAAAAAAUGUCGUCCUUACUGUAAAAAAACCCUUAAGACGCUUUCAAAAAAGUCCGGAUGAACUCGUAGCUUUUUCUUAACGCCACAAAACUUGAAAUUGUUUUUAACGUUUCGUGUCGACUGACAUCAACGCCACGGUGGACGCCGAAGGGAAGACCGGAAGAACCGCAAAAAAAAAAUGACGUCAUCGCUCCGUUUGUGUCACAUGACCUCUUUCUGAAAGGCGUCUCGCCGUAUCGUCUUGGGCUCCGUUUCAAGCGGCGAGCCUUAAGACCCCAACGUUGUUGUGUCAGCAAGCUGGUUCUUGCUCUCCCCCAAAACAACCGGCCUCCAUCUUUGCCCACUUUCUUUUCCUUCUCUACGUCUUUGUAUUUAACAGAUUUUUUUAAAAGGAAACAAAAAAAAAUACGCUAAUUUGUGUAAAUGAUUCUCAUAAUGUGUACAUUUUUUUUUUUUACCAGUAUCAGCCACUUUCUCUACGUGAUGAUUUCUCACUGUGCCUGUAUGAAAUGUGUAAUAUAUGAAUUAUAUACAAAUAUAUGGAUGACUACUUUAA